AUGGCUGUGCCACCGGAUUCCUAUCAGAUCUCAGUGAACAUCAUAGAAGCUGUCAAAGAACACCCAGUACUUUAUUGUACUGAGGUGAAGGGUGAGCCGGUGAAGCUGCAGGAAUUCAAACAGCAAGUCUGGAAAUAUGUCUGUGACGAACUUGGGCUGGACUCUACAUUGGUUAGACUAAAAUGGAAGUAUCUAAUGGAUACUUAUUUAAGUAUUUUGAGGUGCAAGACUAAGGCAAACGGUGUGAGAAGAAAAAAAUGGAUCUUUGAGGAUCUCUUGAGCUUCCUAAAAUUCCCAUGUGAAACAGAUUACGAGCCACAGUGUGCAGAACUGACCAAGGAAUACGUUGAACUGAUAAAUUCGAAAGAUUUGACUUCCGAAGGUUUGUCGGAGCUGUUAGAAGACCGAAGUGAGGACUAUUCCGAAUCCCUGGAAGUUCUUGACAAGUCAUCAGCCGAUCCAGUUCUUGAAGAGACAUCAGCUGAUCCAGUUAUACUAGAACCCGUUGAAGAGACAAUAGAAACAAUAGAAGUAUUAGAAACAUUGGAAACAAUAGAAACAGUAGGAACAGUAGAAAUAUUGGGCAACAGUAAUGAACAGACAGUCGCUCAAGAAGUGGUGAUUGUACAAGAGGUUCCUACGGAGGAUGUGAACAAUAUUAAUCAAAAACGGUCAAAGAAUCGUAAAACACCUACGAAACGAUUGAAAACCAGAAAUACUUCUCCAAUAUCACCUAGCUGUAGAAGAACAACAAGGUCUUCCUUGAAGAUCGGUAAUUUAAGUGUAAGUGAUAUUACAGUGAUUGAGCCUAUUCUUGAGAAAAGAACACGUAGCGUACCACGUAGCAUACCACGUAGCUUACCACCUAUCCUACCAUCUACCGUACUAUCUACCGUACCACCUAGCAUUGAACUGAUAAAUUCGAAAGAUUUGACUUCCGAAGGUUUGUCGGAGCUGUUAGAAGACCGAAGUGAGGACUAUUCCGAACUCCUGGAAGUUCUUGACAAGUUAUCAGCCGAUCCAGUUCUUGAAGAGACAUCAGCUGAUCCAGUUAUACUAGAACCCGUUGAAGAGACAAUAGAAACAAUAGAAGUAUUAGAAACAUUGAAAACAAUAGAAACAGUAGGAACAGUAGAAAUAUUGGGCAACAGUAAUGAACAGACAGUCGCUCAAGAAGUGGUGAUUGUACAAGAGAUUCCUACGGAGGAUGUGAACAAUAUUAAUCAAAAACGGUCAAAGAAUCGUAAAACACCUACGAAACGAUUGAAAACCAGAAAUACUUCUCCAAUAUCACCUAGCUGUAGAAGAAUAACAAGGUCUUCCUUGAAGAUCGAUAAUUUAAAUGUAAGUGAUAUUACAGUGAUUGAGCCUAUUCUUGAGAAAAGAACACGUAGCGUACCACGUGGCAUACCACGUAGCGUAUCACAUAGCUUACCACCUAUCCUACCAUCUACCGUACUAUCUACCGUACCACCUAGCAUUGAACUGAUAAAUUCGAAAGAUUUGACUUCCGAAGGUUUGUCGGAGCUGUUAGAAGACCGAAGUGAGGACUAUUCCGAAUCCCUGGAAGUUCUUGACAAGUCAUCAGCCGAUCCAGUUCUUGAAGAGACAUCAGCUGAUCCAGUUAUACUAGAACCCGUUGAAGAGACAAUAGAAACAAUAAAAGUAUUAGAAACAUUGGAAACAAUAGAAACAGUAGGAACAGUAGAAAUAUUGGGCAACAGUAAUGAACAGACAGUCGCUCAAGAAGUGGUGAUUGUACAAGAGAUUCCUACGGAGGAUGUGAACAAUAUUAAUCAAAAACGGUCAAAGAAUCGUAAAACACCUACGAAACGAUUGAAAACCAGAAAUACUUCUCCAAUAUCACCUAGCUGUAGAAGAAUAACAAGGUCUUCCUUGAAGAUCGAUAAUUUAAAUGCUGUGAAAAAAUGA